ACAUUUCACGCUGUUCUUAAAGUAAGUGUGUUGCAAUAGCUAAUGACUGAUAUUAAGUAAAUAGUAGUUGUAGAAAUUCUCAUUUAGAUCCCUGUUAAUAUCAGUGUAUGCACCUGCGGCUUCAGCGGUGACGUGGUCGUGGACGUAUUGCUGGUCGGCUGGAGCCGGUUAGUUGGACAUGGAGGUAGUCGGUGGGGUGCAGUUGUGGGCGGCGCGGUGAUGGCAGGUCCUGGUGGAUGCAGCGCUUGCACUUUUGCAGGCAUCCAUCCCGCUGCCAUGUGAUUUUGCGUUAUUAGGCCAUCUCAGGGAGUCAGGGACUAUUUACAAGUUCAAGCAUUGAUGGAUUAAAGUGAUCAAAAUGCGGAUGUCCCUCACAUUCCAUUGGUUUCUGACCCGCCUUCUCUUAUGCAUCCCAGUAUUUUCUUUCUGUGGUGUUGUUCUCCUCCUGUCAUCCUGCAACCUGUCGGAGGACUCCUCUAAACCUUGUCCGAGGGAGCGUUCAAACCGAGAUCAGUUAAGGACGUUGGAUAACAGUGAUGGUGCUAAACCACUCUCUGCAUUUUUAGUUAUACUAGUUAUGUCGGGACCAAAACUUCUCGCUGGACGUCAAGUUUUACGCGACACGUGGUUGACAUUACGGUCCAGCGACAUGAUUGUUAAAUUUGUGAUUGGUAUUGCUGACCUACCAGCGGAUCAGUUGGAAGAUUUAGAGAAGGAGCAGAAGAAAUAUAACGAUCUUCUUUUUCUUUCGGACCUUAAGGAUGGCUUCUACGCCCUAACACAGAAGUUGAUUGAGAUGUUUGUAUGGUUGGAUCAGAAUGUGAAUUAUAAAUUUGUGCUCAAAGUGGACGAUGAUUCUUUUGUUCGACUUGAUGCCUUGACGAAGGAGCUGCAGCAAAAGGGCCAGGAGAGACUCUUCUGGGGGUUCUUUGAUGGCCGUGCUCGUGUUCAUAAGGCCGGCAAAUACGCGGAGGCAGACUGGGUACUGUGCGACCGCUAUCUUCCAUAUGCUAAGGGUGGUGGCUACAUCCUCUCUGCAGAUCUUGUGCAUUUUGUGAGUUUGAAUGCAAAGUACCUCAAGAAAUACAAAGGGGAAGAUGUCUCACUUGGAUCAUGGCUUGCAGCUGUAGAAGUGAAUCGUCAACAUGACACAAGAUUCGACACUGAAUACUUGUCGAGGGGAUGUUCAAACACUUACUUGAUCACCCAUAAACAGACCCCUGAUGAUAUGAGGCAGAAAUGGAAACAUUACCAAGACACAGGUCAUUUGUGUUCUCGCGAAUACCAGACAAGACCUUCAUAUAUUUAUGAUUGGCAAAAGAUUCCGACAGAAUGCUGCCAGAGAAAAAAUGGUAUACCCUAGGCUAAUUACAACUUCAAAAAUCAGAAACUAAUUUUUUUCCAUUAUGAACCUUCAGAAUGCGAUGUUUAUUAGUUCUUAAACUUAAUGAUUAAAAGGAUUUUGAAGUAUGUGAACAAGUUGUAACAGCCUUGAAAACAACCUGUAUGCUAGUAUUUAAUGCCCACCAUCCUGAAAUGUUACUUGAUUACACAAAAGUAACAUGGUUUGUUUCAUGGUCUGCAACUCUGCAUGAAGUGAUGUUCUUUUGGAAGGGGUUGUUGGUAUUUGAAUGAUUAAUUGCCACUUGGUCUACAUCUGCUUUGUCUACCUUCCAUUCAGUCUCAUCCAGCAUCUAAUCCUAGUUUGUGUACUAACCUUUUGGUCUAAUUGUCAUUAAGCACAUUUACUAUUCAUUUAUUGAGCUAUACCAGCGCACAACACUAGCACUUGUCCGACGGUCCCAGACCAGUAAAAAUUGCUGUCGGGCCAGUAACUUUUCAGAAAUAGCCAGAUAUAAUGGUCCGACAUGACCAGUAAAAAAUAUAUAAAACUGAUACAAAUGAUUCCGACACAUAUUUUCUCUUGUGUGAAUUAAAAAAUGGCUUUGUUAUCUUAAAGAAUGGCUCUCCAAUAUAUUGUGUGAGUGUACUAUUUGUUGUAUUAUUUUUUUUUGGGGGGGGGGCAAUAAAAUUAAGACAGCAAAAUAAAGUCAAAUCUUUUUUAUGCUUUUCUUUAUUUUGGGGGACCAGUAUAUUUUAGAUUCGGACCAGUAAAAAAUGGAAAAAAUGGGUACUUACUGGUCCGACAUGAACUGGUUGGACCAGUAGAAAAAAAGGGUUAGUGUGGAGCCCUGGCUAUACCCAUUUUGAUUGAAUGUCCACUUGGUCUAACACCAAGUAGUCUACUCUAUGAUUAGAUGGAUUAUUGAUGAACCAUAUUUUUCAAACUGAUACAUAAUAGACCAAAUGAGCUCAUUAUUGGUAGUAGACUAUCUGAGUAAUAGACCAACUGAUUGUAGACCAAGUGAAUACUAACCACUUGACCUUCUUGCUCUCAUGUACUAAUAUUCCAUUUUAAUAUAAUCAGAUGAGAAAUGUAUUAAAUCUUUAUUUAACAAUUUGACCAGUACAACAGUCACUUUAUGCUUGCCUAUUUUGGACAUAUUCAGUUUACAGUGAAUAACUUAGUAAUUAUUGUGAGGUAAAACUCAUGCUAUUUAAAUAUGCAAUUUCAAUUUGAUAUUGAAAUAAGUAUUAAUAUCUUUCAAACUGUAUGAUACGCAAUUUGUGCAAUGAGCAUUGUAACCUCAUAGAAGGGCGAUCUCAGUUCCAAAAGACUGUAUACUUUUGGGAAAUGCAUGUUUUAUACCAUAUUUUGUACCUGUAGGCAUCUAUGGAAUUUAGGGAUAUUGGAAGGUGCUUAUUCUCAUGGUUGAAACUUGAAAACUUAGUUUCCAUUGUAGAGAGGUUUGUUUGGUGCAAGUUAUAUUUUUCCUGGUUAUGAUAACGUAUUAACGUUCAUCAUCACAAUUGUUUAUUUUAUACCAGAAGGAGAUGAGUUAUAGUGAAUUCUUGGGGAAAUACAUGAUGAUUUUGAUGAAAAGAUGGGACAGAGACUAGAAAGAAACAGAGUUGGUUGCAAGUUGAGAAAGUUAUGAACUUGUAUGUACAAAUAUAUGGAGAGUUGCACUACUAACCUGUCACUUUAUAGCAACAUCACCAACUUGAGAAUCACUAUAAAAAGUGAAUUGAGAUCUCACAACUUUCAUCACUUUCUCAUUUUGUAACCAAUAUUGAUUGAAUUUUUGUUUGUUGUUUCUUUUUAGCCCAUCUUUUUAUUAAAUGAAUUUUUCAUGAAUUGAUGCAAAACUUCAGAAUACCAAAAUUUGCCAUUUCGUUUUCAUCCAGUUGCAUCAAACCCUUCUUUUUUCUUAAUUUGUUUCUAUUUUCUUGAUUCACCCUAUAUCAUUUCUAGAUGGAUUAAGCUACAACUCAUACAACACAUUGGAUAAUACCCAUUUUGGCUAAGACACACUCACAUGUGCCCUUUUAUUUAUAAGUCUAUUUUCUGUUUUUGUGCUUUUAAAGGUUUUGUCACAAGUAAGAGUAUUGUGAAGAUAAAUGUUCCAAGAAGAUAUCAAUAUUAAAUGUUAUUUGUAUUUCAACUCAAA